CAUGAAUGGAAGUGGAAGGGGACGGAUUCCCGAGCGGAGGAGAGGGAUGGGAAGUGAGCAAGCAGUGGUCCAACUUGGUGACGGCGGGGGGUAAAUGUAUGUAUAUUUUGGUGUUGAUGGUGCCAAUACUCGGCCCUUCUACACAACCCAAUCCAUAAGUCAAACCGGGCCAGUGGGGCCGAUGUACCCCGAACCCCGGACCGGCUCCGUCUUCUGGAUGUGGGGUUACGGCAAACGCCAAGACGGAGCGCGGCAGAUUGCCUAAACGGGCUGUCUCUGGGCAAGAAGUGAGAAUGAAGAGAUUGGUAGCUCUGGAGGGGGAUUUUGCGCGGGAUUUGGAGUUUCCGGCUUGAAUCCGGAAUAUUUGGGGUGAUGGCUAGCUAUGUUCUCGAUGGGGCCUUGCCCGAUGAACAAGACUCAAUUCCCAAGUUUGUAUCCUCCCUCGCCCGGGACCAGGCCAUAGGGUCAACAGCACUGAGUGUGGUUGAAUGCUAAAGCUGCCCGGAUAGUGGUUUCUGCCCUUUCCCGCGGCCCGUCUAUAUUUUGCGAAGUGGUUUUUCGGCGUUGUGGCCUCUUUCCAACAGAUCCCACUGGUAACCCUCGUGGUGUAGUGGUUGGCUUGCGAGUUAUUCUACCCCUGUGGACAACAAGAUACUGCCUGUGGUGAAUGACUUCGCGGCCUCUUUUUGUUCGAUUCCAGUCGAUGGCUGUUUUGUUGUUUUUGGUAUCGUCUGAUCUUAUUCAGACUUUUUAUCAAGACCGUGAGCCUCGACCUGCCUACUCACAACUGCACCCAGUUACCGGAACACUUUGUUUGAGCCCGGUUUCAACCUUACUCUCUCACAUGGCUAAUAAAAUCAAUUUAAACAUUCAGUUUGUCUCAGCAUUUAAUUAGGCCUCCAUUUCCUCUUUUUUUCUUUUCUUAUCAAAGAAUGACAGGUGACCGGCCAUGUUUCGAUCAGCCCUGCUGGUCUGCCACGUGGGCGCAGUGCCUCGGCGGUUACCAUUCAUCACGGUGUGAUUGCCGCCCUGCUGAGCCCCCCACCUUGGUUCUGUUGGUUCUGUUGGC